CAGGUCCGCGGCGCCUCUCCGGGCGCGGGGCGCAGCCAUGAGCGAGUCCAGCGCCAGUGCGCUCCCGCCGGGCAGGCCCAGCAGGCAGCCCUUCAUCCCCCCAGAGAGCCUCUCUCUGGACUCCAGCUGCUUCUCUUCUCCACCUGUGAACUUCCUUCAAGAACUGCCAAGCUACCGGUCCAUUGCACGCAAGAGAACUUCCAUCCUUACCCGAGACAAGCAAAGUGGCACUUUGCUGAAGCCUACAGACUGUUACAGGUCCCCCCUGGAGGAAGGAAUCACUGAAAGCCUCAGUAGCCAGUCCAUUCGAAAGUAUGCACUGAACAUCUCUGAGAAGCGGAGACUAAGGGCCAUUCAGGAGACCCAAAUGAAGUAUUUAUCUGAAUGGGACCAGUGGAAACAGUAUAGCAGCAAGUCGUGGAAGAGGUUUCUAGAGAAGGCUCAUGAGAUGACGACCCGCCUGGAACUGUGGCGGGAUGACAUCCGCAGCAUAGAAGGGAAAUUUGGCACCGGGAUUCGGUCCUAUUUCUCCUUCUUGCGGUUCCUGGUAUUGCUGAAUUUGGUGGUAUUUGUGAUCAUCUUUAUGCUGGUUUUGCUUCCAGUCUUGCUCACCAAAUACAAGAUCACUGACAGCAGCUUCAUAUUCAGUCCAUCCAAAGACAUGGAUAAAGAAUGUACCGUAUAUCGAAGAAGUAGCUCUGGACUCGUUUACUUUUACAGUUAUAUCAUAGACUUGCUUUCCGGCACUGGUUUCUUGGAGAAGACUUGCCUCUUUUAUGGAAAUUACACCAUUGAUGGGGUGAAAUUUCAGAACUUCACCUAUGAUCUGCCUCUGGCUUAUUUGGUAAGCACAAUUGCUUACCUAGCCCUGAGCCUUCUUUGGAUAGUAAAAAGGUCCGUGGAAGGGUUCAAAAUCAAUCUGAUUCGGAGUGAGGAGCACUUCCAGAGUUACUGCAACAAGAUCUUUGCCGGCUGGGACUUCUGCAUCACCAACCGCAGUAUGGCGGAUCUGAAGCACAGCAGCUUGCGGUACGAGCUCCGAGCAGACUUGGAGGAAGAGAGAAUACGGCAGAAGAUAGCAGAAAGGACCUCAGAAGAAACAAUACGGAUUUACUCUUUGAGACUGUUUUUGAACUGCAUUGUUCUGGCUGUUUUAGCCGCCUGCUUUUAUGCAAUCUAUAGAGCAACUAUAUUUUCACAAGAACACAUGAAAAAAGAGAUUGACAAGAUGGUUUUUGGAGAGAACCUCCUGAUACUGUAUCUCCCAUCUAUUGUGAUCACGUUAGCCAAUUUUAUCACUCCAGUGAUCUUUGCUAAGAUCAUCCACUAUGAGGAUUAUUCCCCAGGCUUUGAGAUCCGGCUGACAAUCCUUAGGUGUGUCUUUAUGCGACUGGCAACCAUCUGUGUGCUGGUGUUCACCCUGGGGUCCAAGAUUACAUCCUGUGAUAACUACACCUGUGAACUCUGUGGUUACAACCAGAAACUCUACCCGUGCUGGGAGACCCAAGUUGGGCAGGAAAUGUACAAGCUAAUGAUCUUCGACCUCAUCAUCAUCUUGGCUGUGACACUUUUUGUGGAUUUUCCUAGAAAGCUCCUGGUGACCUACUGUUCCUCAUGGAAGGUGAUUCAGUGCUGGGGGCAGCAGGAAUUUGCCAUUCCUGAUAAUGUUCUGGGGAUCGUUUAUGGGCAAACCAUUUGCUGGAUCGGAGCCUUUUUCUCCCCUCUUAUUCCUGCAAUUGCAACUGUGAAAUUCAUUAUCAUCUUUUAUGUGAAAAAGAUGAGCCUUAUUUAUACCUGUAGACCCUCUCCGAGGCAGUUCCGAGCAUCCAAUUCUAAUUUCUUCUUCCUGUUGGUGUUGUUGAUUGGGCUGUGUUUGGCCAUAAUACCACUAACAAUCAGCAUGGCACGCAUCCCUUCCUCCAAAGCCUGUGGGCCGUUCACCAAGUUCAACACCACCUGGGAGGUCAUGCCUAAGACAGUAAGCACCUUCCCCAGCUCACUGCAGUCCCUGAUCCACCACAUCACGUCGGAGGCCUUUGCAGUCCCUUUCUUCAUGAUCAUCUGCCUCGUCAUGUUCUACUUCAUCGCCCUGGCAGGAGCUCACAAGCAGGUGGUCAUCCAGCUCCGAGAGCAGCUGUCCCUGGAAAGUCGUGACAAGCGUUAUCUAAUCCAGAAACUAACAGAAGCCCAAAAGGAUAUAAGGGAGCAACUGGACUGAUGCCGAAGACACUGACAUGUUUUGCUCCUGGGCUGACCUAGCACUCUGCCAAGUUUUCAAAGCCCACCUGAGUUUUGAACAGAAAUUUUCAUCUAUAUUUUCUAGAGUUUAGGCUUUUCCUGCCUGGGGCUCCACACGUGCAGCAGUGGUGGCCACGUUUCCCAUAACCCCAUCCCUAUGUUAGGGCUUUGGUGACUUAGAAGAAAAGCGGUUAAAAACCAAGUCUUUUCCUAUAGAACAACGGGUCAUUGACUGCGCUGAAAAUUAAUUUGCUAAGCGGCUUAUGCCUUUACAACUGGAGGAGAAGAGGACUUUUACAUUUUUAAAAGCGUAUUUGUCCUGUCCUUUAAAGUGAACUUUGGAGUCAUCCAUUCAUGAAGCUGGAUUACUUCCUUAUGCGGGGUGAGGCUGAGGACUGUUCCUUAAGAAGUAGGGACUCUUUUGAAUGAUUUGGUUGACCGAAAAUGAGACUUGGUUUUUUAGGUGAAAAGAAAUCCUUGAAUCGUGAUCUUUGGGACAGAUAGUGAGAAAAUGAAGAGAAUGGUUGCGUAAUUUCAGCUACUAGGUAGUAAUUUGAGAGAGAAAAAAUCCCGUUCUUUGCUUUGUAAAUAAGCAGCUCUGGGAUGCUCUAGAAUAAGCCUUAUGAUGAAGUGAAUUGCUGCAGGUUGGCAGCCUUGAUUUCUUCACUUCCUGGGCAAUUGGCUGCAGCCUUAUUACUCCAGGGAAAAUUGCCUUUGGGGGCUGGGUGUCCUCAAACCUCGGUUCCCUUCUCCUUCUGAGUCCUGGAGACUUAGCAGAGGACCCUGUGCCAUCAAAAUUAGGAGUCAGGGUUGGUCUCUUGAUCUUCCAGAUGCCACGUCCUUUUCUGCAUUGAGGUCUUUACCUCCGAAGGACACUUAACAUUUCAGGGCCAGGCUGGAAAGGGCUGGUUAGUAUUUGAGCUGUGGGUUUCUAUGCAUAAGUAUUUUGGGAUGCCAGUUGCAGCUCAGCCUGUUCUUUAGUCCAGCCUGUGAAAAUGUAGCAAACUAUAUUGAAGACUGGUUUCUAACAUAGACAUACCCACAUGUUGAAGGCUGCUCAUUUCCCUGUACUUAACAUUUUAAAUGCCCAUGGCUUUAUUUUAUAAAACGUGUGGAGUAUGUCUUAAAAUUUCCUUUACAGUAAGAACUACGUGCAAUAAGUACCUCAUCAUAGGCUUCCCUGAAAUUGAUGGCUCACUGAACCUUUUAAUAUAAGCCUAAGUUAUUGUCAAAUGUAACAGUUUUCAUUUAAUAUCUUCAAAACUUUCUCAGAGUACUGUGGUUUUGCAACAGACCGUUGGGGCCUUCGUCCCAUUAUUUUUCUUCCUUUCAUUUACUCCAAACUUUUCUUGGGGGGUAGCUGGGACUUAAAGUUGGAGGCAGGUUUUAGAAAGAAUAAUUCCUACCACUCCCCAUUACUCAGAAGUGACUGACUCCUUGGUCCAAGGAUCAAAGCAAGCUUGUCAUAGCUUGCAAGUUUCUCUGUACUUGUCCCUUUGCCAGAGAGCCAUUUUCUUGCUCUUCCACAAGGGUAGCAUUAACAUGGGAUAUUUUUGUACUUGUGAGACUGACAAACUUUUUCAAGAAAUCUCUAUCUUGUUACGGCUUAUGAGUUUCUCAAUCUAAUAACUGGUGUCAUGGAAUUUUAAGUAACCAAAGAUUCAUCCCAUCCUCACUUGAAAAACAAAUUCUAAUUGUUGGCAUUUCUGUCUAAUGCCUUCAUAUAUAUGAAAUGUUCUCACCUUCACAUGUUUUUGAAGACAGUAUUCUGCGUGUGUGUAAUGGAAACAGUGAAAAUAAAUUGCCGUUUUUUCUUUCCUGUUAUAAAACUGAUAGUGAAAUGUACUAAUUUGUUUUAGUUAAAUGCUACUAAUUUGCAUACCUCUUACUUGAAUGUGUUUCUAUAUUUUGACAACUUUAAUAACUUCAGGUGAUGUUUGUAUGAUUUUUAAAAUGCAACUGUCGCUGACAAAUGUGCAUUAAAACUACUGAUUAAAUGGUAUCUUUAAGGUUUUAACAUGUGACUGUGUGUGUUUGGAUUCACGGAGCCUUCUUGUCAGCCAUCAAGUCAUCAAGGAAAAUGGUACCAGUUUGUAUUGCUCUUUACUGUUACCUCAAAUCACCAAGAGAAGAAAGGAAUGUUUAAUGCCAUCAUCAGAUGAGUACUUUUAAGACUCCUUGGCUCUGUAGGAGAUGGAAGGGGUGUAUGCGUAUGUGUGUUUAAAAUGAAUUUAAAAAACAAAAUUAUUUCUAGUACUUCCCCUCCCAUUCUAGAGGGAACCACAGUUGACAAUUUGUAUAUUUCAUUCUUCCAGAUUAUUUGAAUACAUAUUCAAGCAGACAUACCUAUGUGGUUGUAUGUGUGAAAUAUAUAUUUCUGUGCUCUUCCCCCUUUUUGGAGAGCCCUUGUGGUGCAGUGGUUAAGCACUUGGCUGCUAACGGAAAUGGCAGCAGUUCAAACUCACCAGACACUCUGUGGGAGAAAGAUGUGGCAGUCUGCUUCCAUAAAGAUUUAAAAAACCCACUGCCUUGGAAACCCUAUGGGGCAGUUCUUUCCUGUCCUAUAGAGUCAUUAUGAGUCGGAAUCAACUUGCCAGCAAUGGGUUUUUCCAUAUAAGCAACAACCUCAUCCUUUUUAAUGGUAAUAUGGCAUUCCAUGGUGUCUCUAUAACCAUUUACCCCUGACCAGUAAUUCAGAUUGUUUCCAUUUUUUUCCCCUGUUGAAAACACUGGGCGCUGGAAUUUGAAAGACUCCUGCAAACAGUUCUAUUUUUUGCCCCAUUCUGCAUUAGGUCCUUGUUCUUUACCAAGACAGCCUUGCUGGUUUUCACAGUCAAAAAAUGUUCUCAUCCCAGCAAAGAGAAGAAUCCAGUCAAGCAAGUCUUAAGUUUGCUUUAACUCUUAAAUUGGCAAAUCUGAUUGCAGCUACCCAGUUGCAUAAGUUUUGGAAGAGAAAGGAAUUAAUUUUGCCAAGGUGGCAAGAAGUCUGACCCCUGGGAAGAAAGAACUUCUCAAUAUAUCUUCUUUAUUAUAUCCAGCCCAGUCUAGUUGCCAUCAAGUCAGUUUUGACACAUGGCGACCCUGUGUGUCAGAGUAGAACUGUGCUCCACAGGGUUUUUCAUUGGCUGAUUUUUGGGAAGUAGAUCCCCAGGACUUUCUUCUAUGGGGCUCUGGGUGGACUUGAACCUCCAACCUGUUGGUUAGUAGUCAAGCACUUAGCCUUUUGCACCACUGUAUGUGUGUGUAUGUGUGUGUGUUCUCAUGUGGGUUUACUAGCAAGUUCCUUCUGCUGCAUAUCCUUUCUAGUGCUGUGGGAUGUGCUUGGGACAUGGAAUGGCUUUGUGACCUGCCUAAUGUGUGACUUUGGAUAGUUGUCUUCAUCUGUGUAAGGCUCUGUCCCAUCACCUUUAAAAUGGGAAAAUACAUAGAUUUCACUUAGUUUUAAGGACUGAAUUAGGGAUUAGUAUGCUUUUUUUGAAAUUUUCUUAUUAUAAAAAUACAUGUUUAUUAUGGAAAACAUUGAAAAGUACAGAGAAAAAAAUCACUCAUAAGCACCAUUCAUGGGCAUCCACCAUCCACCAUUAAUCUUGGCAAAAUUCCUUUUAAGAUAAAAAUACAGAAGGAGAGAGGGAGGAAAGAAUUUGGCGUUCUCAUUUUUUUUUUUCUACUUAACAUAAGUGUUUUCUCAUGUUAUCAAAAGUUCUUUAUAAACAUUUCAGUAGACAUAACAUCAUGCUUUUUAACAAUUCCCUAGCUGCUUAACAUUUUUUGUUGUUGUUGCAGUUUUAUUUUUAUAUUAUUUAUUGCGCUUUAACUCAAAGUUUACAAAUCAAGUCAGUCUCAUACAAAAACUUACAUACACCUUGUUUGGCUGCUUAACAUUUUGCUUCCUAUUUUUCCUGCUAAUAAAUAACUGGGACAUCCAUAAAUCUUUGUCAGCAUUUUUCUCCUUACAGACAGAGACCUAGAAGCAGGAUUAUGGCAAAGGUUUUUAACAUUUUAAGGCAUCUGAGGCCUAGAUUACCCUCAGUAGUUUUACAUGAGAAUGUUACACCACUCUGAUUAGCACUAAGAAUUUGGGUUUAAAAUAUAUAUAGU